AUGGCUUCUGCUUGUGCUUCUUCUGCCAUUGCAGCUGUUGCCAUCUCUACUCCAAGUUCCCAGAAGAAUGGAUCACCCUUAGGAACCUCAAGAGCUUUUCUUGGGAGGAAACUGAAGGUGAACAACAGCACUGCAUCAUCUUCUAGAGUAAGAUCUACUACAAUUGUGUGUACAGUUGCUGAGCCUGAUAGACCUUUGUGGUUCCCUGGAAGCACCCCUCCUCCAUGGCUUGAUGGAAGUCUCCCAGGAGAUUUUGGAUUUGACCCUCUUGGUCUUGGAUCUGAUCCAGAGAGUCUGAGAUGGAAUGUUCAAGCUGAGCUUGUACACUGCAGAUGGGCAAUGUUAGGUGCAGCUGGAAUUUUCAUUCCAGAAUUCCUAACGAAGCUCGGUAUCUUGAACACACCUUCAUGGUACACUGCUGGAGAGCAAGAGUAUUUCACAGACACAACCACACUCUUCAUAGUUGAACUCCUUUUCAUCGGUUGGGCCGAGGGAAGAAGAUGGGCUGACAUCCUCAAUCCAGGUUGUGUCAACACCGACCCCAUCUUUCCAAACAACAAGCUCACAGGAACCGAUGUAGGGUACCCUGGUGGACUUUGGUUUGAUCCACUUGGUUGGGGAAGUGCUUCUCCUCAGAAGCUUAAGGAGUUGAGAACAAAGGAAAUUAAGAAUGGGAGAUUGGCUAUGUUGGCUGUUAUGGGAGCUUGGUUCCAGCACAUUUACACCGGCACCGGUCCUAUCGAUAACCUCUUUGCUCAUCUUGCUGAUCCCGGUCACGCCACUAUUUUUGCUGCUUUCACUCCCAAGUGA